AAAAAAAAGAAAAAAGACCAUUUAUAAUGGCAUAUUGAAUAAAAACAUUAAACUGUUGAAACCUUUACAAUGACAAUUUGGAAAAAGAAAAUAUAAUGUGAAUUUAAUCUUGUUGAAAGGAUUCAAAGGUUUGAAUGCGCAAAAAAUAAAGACAUAUAAUUUUGUUUUUGAUUAAUAUACAGUACAUUUGCUGUAUUUUUAUUGGUCAAGUUUGUUAGUUUUUUUUCCCCCCAAACUAUUUGUAAUAAAUUAUUUCAUAGAAAUUAUAAUUAUAACUAAUAAUUUUUUAUACCAAAAUACAUAAUUUUAUAAAUAAAAUUUUUGUUAUUUAAUUUGGACACUAAAUUUUUCGUUUUUUUUUUGUUAAAAGAAUUUUAACAAUAAUCCUUUUAAACUCAAAUCUUAGUAUCUAUUAUUCGAGUAUAUAAAUUAGAAAGAAAACCAUUUUUAUUGUUAUUAUAUUUUGAUUUUACUAAUUAUCAUUCUAAAUUAUCAUUAACAUUUUACAUAAAAUAAAAUAAAACUAUGAAAUGAAAAUGUUUGGAUAGGUUUGAAUUUUAUUAAACAAAUUAUUAUAAGUGGCAAAUUAAAUGAAUGUUGAAUUAAUAGGUAAAAGAGAUAGAAGAUGAUGUGAAAUGUUAAAAUAGGUUGUUUAAAAAUUUAUCUAUUGUAUAUAGUCUUAUAUUUGUUUUUCUUACUGCCACCUCAGCACUUGCAAACAUGUUUUCUUGUAUCCCAUCAAUACUCAUGCCGUGCUGAUCGAUGGAGAACAUUGCUUAAGACUCGUUCUCUUAUAUAUUAACAUGUGGGAACAAAGAAACUUCGGAGACUUCUUCUAACUCUUCAAAUAUUUCGGUUUAUCUGAGCCUUCUCGUUAUUGCCACCUCAGCAUAUGUACAAGUGUAUUCUUGCAUCCUAUCGAAAGAAGGCCAAUCUUUAACUCGUUUGACAACACUUUGCUUAAGCUCUAUUCAAUGUGAUUAGAAAAAAACAAAAACAAAUUCACAGAGAUCCGACCACUGGAGCAAGAAGAAGAACCUUUAGGAUUGCUCUUUUGUUUCUCGGGAUUCAGAUGUCGGACGGAGGAGCACCGUCGAGGUACGUGAAGUUGACAAAGGAACAAGCUCCGGUCGAUGAGGUUAAUCCCGGCGAACUCAACCAACCGAUUCAGGUUCCUCAACUAGCAGUUUACAAAUGCAACGAAUGUGGCCAAACUUUGCCUGAAAAUUUUGAAGCUCCUUCAGAUGAGCCAUGGACCACCGGAAUAUUCGGGUGCACUGAGGACAUGGAUAGCUUUUGGCAAGGAUUCUUUUGCCCAAGUGUUCUGUUCGGACGUGUCUAUGAAACUCUGAGUGAGGAGGAAACCUCAUGGAAGAGAGCAUGUGUUUGCCAUUCGAUUGUAGUAGAAGGCGGUCUUACGGCCGCAUCCUUGCUUCUUUGUAUUCCCGGUAUAGAUCCACAUACUACGUUUCUUUUUUGGGAAGGCUUGUUUUUUGUUUGGUGGAUGUGUGGGAUUUACACUGGAGACGUCAGGCAAACUCUCCAGCGCAAAUAUCAUCUCCAGAACUCUCCUUGCGACCCAUGUAUGGUGCAUUGUUUCCUCCAUUUCUGUGCUGUUUGUCAAGCACACCGGGAGAUGAAGAACCGUCUUUCGGACAACUUUGUGAUGCCAAUGACUGUGGUUAACCCGCCACCGGUUCAAGAGAUGAGUUCCUCUAAUGACGGACAUCACCAUGACUCUGUCCCGGUAUCACACCACAGCUCUGACCUUGUGAUGCGGCCAUUGUAGUGCAAAAAGAUUCAAGGUCUUGUUUUGUACAUGGACCUGAAGAUGCAUGGUUUAAUAAAGAUGAUAUAUAGUAUAUACACCCAAUUGGUUUGUUUAAAACUCAGAAAUAAUAGAGAGAUCCUUAUCACAAGAUUUAAAAAA